AUGACAACCGUCACAGACCCAAACAACGCUGACCGUGAUACUCCUAACAUUCUCGCAUCCAGCGCAACGCUUCAGAUUGGCACCUCGAUCUUCAUUGCGGCGCCCUCAUCCAAAGUCUGGACGGCCCUAACCGACACCUCAACCUGGCCAUCAUGGAACUCGUUCGUCCCGCGCGUUACGAUCCGCUCGCAGCCCGACACUCCCUCCGACAAUGAGCACAAUGAUACCUCCACACUCUCACCGGUCCUCCAACUCGGAACCAGGCUAACCCUCCAUGUCUGCAUGGAUCCGACCUCCUCCCAACCCCAAGCAGUAACAGACGCCCACCACGUCAUCACGGAGUACGUCCCUCCGGACGCGGCCAAGGGAACUACGGGCCAUUUUUGCUGGGCGUCGGACUUUGACGUACCGGGCACGAUGGGUCCGUCAUUGUUGAAGGCGGAGCGAGUGCAUGAGAUUAAGGACGUAGAGAUCACAGAGGGAGAGAAUGUGCUGCGCGGGACGGAGGUUAGGAACUGGACGUGCCAGGUUGGGUGGCUUGUUUAUGUGGUCAAGUGGAUGUAUGGCGAGCAGCUACGUCGGAAUUUCGAACUUUGGGUUCAGGAUCUGAAGAAUUAUGUGGAGGGGUUGGAUUCGGAGACUUAG